AUGCUUCGAUAUCUGCAAAAUGUAGAAACACAUGUAAGUCAUAGCUAUCGCCAAAUUUCAACGACUUCCACACUUCAUAAAAACAGAGCUGCUAAAACUAAGUCAACAUCGAACCGAACGCAACUGCUCACGUAUGAGAUGGCUCAAAAACCUCACCACAUUGGUGUGAGAAAGUCCUGGCUCACGUGGCAUUCGCAGAAUCUUGAAGAGUUCCGACAGACUCAGCCUCUUGUUGUUGCCCAGGAUGAAGUGGUUCGUCGUUUCAUUCGAGGAUUCUUCCCGCAAAAUCUGGUUGUCAGUGGAAAUGAGAUUGUUAUAAAACGACGUGGAAAUGUUCUCAUUGUCGCCGGAUUCCUCCAAUAUUCUCGCAGACUUGAUAUUCGACGAAUUUACUGGAUGUUUGGAUUUGCUGAAGAAUUCUUAUCAAUUCUCUUGAAACAACCUGUAAAAUUGGAGUUGGCGUUCGUUGAGUCGGAGGAAGACGUUGCCUACAAUUACAUUUAG